AUGAUAAUAGAAUUGGCUUUAGGGGUCCCACUGUGGAACGUAGCUCGAUUCGUCCUACUAAGUCUACUAUCCACCACGAUACUUUCUAAACUGUGGUCAACAGGCACUGCCUUACGGGCAGGGUCAAGGGUCUCCCGAGGGCAUUCAGUGGAGUUCACGCCAAGGACAUACACUAGGGGCACUCUGGUUACGGAAGAGGAUAGGCGCGAUUGGAAGUUUCGCUUCAUUCUGACAGCUGUCGCUUCUUCUCUUGUGGCGGCGGAUCUCAUGAUCGAAUUCGGGACUGGGUCUGCUGAGGUCGCCGCAGGGAAUACCUUGACGACAGGCUACUCGCUAACUGGGGGAUCUUCGCUCAUAGAGACCAGACAGGUCGGGCAGGGAAUAUGGGCCCCAACGACAAGGACGCCGAAUCGGCUCAACGUCACUUACGACGUCGGUGAGAGGAUGUCGCUGCAUGAUGAAAAUAACACACUAGAUGAAAGAGCUUGGAACAUCUUCUUGGAACAUAGAAGUGGAGGUAUAGCAGGAUUUCAAUCUUUGAUCGCCGAUACACCCUCCGAGCAGAUACUCGCUGGAUCUGGGGACGAGAUUUGGUUCCACGGGGGCAGUGGUACGAUUAUAGUUAGAGGAAGUGAAGUCAUAUACAUUGAUUGGUAUUUCGCGUAUCGCCUCACUCAACAGGAUUACCGAGGCCAUCCAUCUAUCGCCAUUCUCGAAAUGUUGACCAGCGCCAUGUGGUCAGCACACAUUCACUUCUCGCGCCUACGUUAUCAAAUUGACCCUUUCUCGGUAACUAUAGAGCUGAACAGUCUGCCAGUUAUUGCGGUCGACUGCGACACUACGCCCGAGUACCCGGACGCCUGGGGAGUAGAGUGCAUUAACGGGAAGACCCGACUUGGAGAGUUCAGGAGACACGACCGUGUCCAGACUGACGACAAGGACACGGUCUUGAGAAGUUACAAUAUAACGGUAGAAUACGGGGAGAGAGUACAACCACGUGAGGAGUUGGAACUUCCCAAACACUCGAAAUUUAUCCCGGCAGGAUCGUCGUCGAGGAGAACCGAUAUCGUGUUGUUGUGGGGGGAAGGACUAGAGGUCAUCAGAUCUCUCUCUUUCGAGUUAAAGCUCUAUACGGAAGGCGUCUCGUGGGUUAUAUGCAUUAAGUUUAUCGAGGUGGAAGAUCUGGAUGGUGGUGAGGAGUGUAGACGGCGGGAUUGGGCCGACCCUACUGAGAGGGCGGCGGCAUUUCAGGCCUUGCAGAUCAGCCUCGCGAACCGCAGGCACUUAUGGGACAUCUUCAAAGUUUGGUCAAGCUCAGGCAACGCAUCUGCACUCACUCAAGUGCUGUGGAUCUCGGAAGCGUUGUCCGACCACCGUGGCACAUUACUCUCCGACGUCAAGACGGUAGCUACGCUGAACAACUAUUUUAUAAUCGGUGUCACAAUAAUAUUUAUAUCUUUUAUGGCUGGGGUGAUCAAUUUAGUCGUGCAUUGGAGGUUGGGGAGAGAGAAUCCAGAGAGCUGCCGCUACUUGACGCUGGAGAGCAGCAGACGCAUUGCAGUAAUGUCGGCUCGAAGCAGGUAUAACUGUUCGCAGAUACCGAAUAGGGCGCCUAUUACGGCAAUAUUGAGGAGUGGCGAAUUCACUUGCCAUUUGAGCACCUCCUACAGCGAGCAGCCUGAGUCACUCUCACUACCCGCUUGUCGUAAGGAGGGACUUCUGCUAAUGGGUUGGAGUAAUACGUCACUUGGCGGUCACUUGGCGGACGUGGUGCGGACUGCGGCGGGGCGAGCGUCAAGCAGGCUAAGGAGAGGGCUGUCAAACGGCCAUUGCUCAGAAUCGGCGGGCUCUCAACCACUCAGGCUGCAGCUGAGGGCGGACCCAAGCGAGAAAUGA